AGAAUAAAAACAAAAAUCAUGGACAAAUCACACCAGCUAUAUUUUUUUUUAUUUUCGACAACAACACUUUUCACAGAUAUCAAUCCAAUAGGUGAUUUUCAAUAUAGUUGGUUUGAUGCUCAAAAUCAAUGCUUAGAUCAGGGAUUGACUAUAGAGAGAAACAAAAGUGACCAGCCAUAUUGGACAGGGGUAUACCGUAGACUCACUCCUUGGAUAAACAUAUUAGGAUGCUAUCCCGAUUCCAUCAAGUCGCUACCGAAAGUUUUUGAGAUGACAAUGACCAUAAGUUCUGUUGAAAUGUGUCAAGAAAUAUGUCAUCAUGAAAAUAUUCGUAGGUUUGCUGUAAAGAUGAAUAAAUGCUUAUGCAUUGAUCACGACAUCUGCCUAAGCCACUACAAUCGACUUUCAGCUUCUGAUUGCAACUUCAAAUGUGGAGGUAGUUCGGAUGAUAUAUAUUUAGACUACUGUGGUGGGGAAAACGCUUACAACAUUUAUGGAACUCAAAGAGUUGAUCUCAACUCGGAUGAACUCUGCCUAAGUUUACAAUGCUCUCCAGAUGACAUACGCUUUAUUCCACAAAAAUGUUCCCUAGACUUUGAUAAAGUGUGUGAAAACAUGACACUACCAGAUAAUGGUUUUGCAAGUAAUUGGACAAUAUCAAUGAAACAAUGUAAAACAUCAAAACCAUCUAGUUAUUUAUGGGGAGACUUCGAUCUGAAUAACCCACUUCAGACUUGUGAACGUAUACCUCAUAAUCUACAGCUUGUUUGGAUAGGCGUGGCACGACAAACAUACACAAGUAUCGAUCAAGGAUGGGAAAUAAACGAGAGACAAAGAGACACAUUUCUGAAAUGCCAAUUGUGUACAAAUAACGACUGUAGUUUCAAAAACUGCUAUGAUUUGGCAGAAAGUUCCAUAUUCUGUGAAACCACAUCGGACACUUCUCAACACCAAGAAACAGGAAAUAUAACAAGAUUGCACGGAAACUUAAAGGAUUUGUCAAAUCAUUUGACGGCAAAAGAACUAUUAGUUCCACAUUUUACAAUUAAAAAUUGCGAUGAGGCUCAGUUGCCAUCGGUUGAAGACACACAGCAAAAGUCAAGUGCCAGCGACAACUUAGCUUUGAAAAUAUCUUUACCACUCAUCUUAGGUAUCAUCAUUUUACUUUUAUCUGCAGUGGGAGUGGUGUUUUAUAGAAGACGGAGUAAAAUGGCGAAGACGGAUAGGACUACAAGAGCAGAAGUUGAAUCUAUUCCUAAGACAAAUGUUGAUUCCAAAGCAAACCAAGUUCAGAAUCAAUCAUAUUUUGUAUUAGAACAAUGUUCUCAAAAGAUACAAACAGUGAGUUGUUCACCGAGUGAGAGUCCUUACAGCAAAUCAGAAGAUGGUGUUUAUGACCAUCUAAGGGACAAGAAAUCACGAAAGCCGGAAGUGGAAGAUACCUAUCAGCAUGCAUCAGCAGCUAUAAACAGAGAUUUGUCUGAAUAUGAUACUAUGGCGAAUACAGACAACAAAAAACAGGAAGAAGAUGCUUCUUAUGACUAUUCACAUCAAGAUACAAGUGAACAUUAUGGAUAUAAUUCACAUCCCAACAAUCUUUUGACUGGCAGUGCGUACGAUAUUGCUAACUGAGCGAUAUCUGUGUAUUUUUACAAUUUAAUUCAACAAAAAAGCUUUUAUCUACAAUUUAAACAUGUAUGUGGUGUGGUUUGGAACAAGUAGUUUAUCUGAAUAUCACACAUUUAAGUGUACAUACUCAACCAUUGAUUUUUAUAACACAAUUAAAAAACUUCUCCUAUUAACAAAUCGUUCUAAACCUGUGGUUCUUCUGACAAUUUUGUUUAUAAUUUGUGAACUCUUACUCGGGUUUUGAGCUGCAUUGUAUCCAUU